UGAAUCGUCCAUCACUAGCUGCGGCCAUAGACCGCAAUCGGCGGGAGGAGGAGGAGGAGGAGGCAGGGGAAUAACAAAACCCCCGACUUUAAUCCUGUCCGCAAACUAACUUUAAAAACUUUAUCAUGUUAAAAUAGUCCCAUCGCCAUCAUUUCGAGGCACUUCUGUGGAAUUUAAAGGACUCGCAGAAGUUUUGAAGAAGGCGACGGAACUUUGGCUGCUGCGCUUCUUUCUUUUUUUUUACCAGAAACCCUACAAAAAAAGAAAAAGAAAAAAACUAUGGCGCUCAGAGCGAGAGCUUUAUACGACUUCUCUUCUGAAAAUCCCGGAGAGAUUUCUGUGGUAGAGAACGAGAUUUUAACUUUAUACAGUGAAGAUGUAGUGGACGGAUGGUUAGAAGGCACAAACAGCCGAGGAGAUUCGGGACUGUUCCCCGCGUCGUACGUGGAGAUCUUAAGAACUCAAGAUUCAGUACAAGGCAACGGGACUGCUGGAAAUGUCUACAGCCCCAGGACCGGAAGUGAGUAUGCAUAUCAAGUGAGAGGGGACACGUCAAGCGAGUCCACGCCUCAGAGACACGGUUAUCCGACCAGCCAAGGCAGCGAUGACGACUGGGAUGACGACUGGGACGACAACCAGACGACUGGGACGACGCCGACGACUCGUGACCUGAGCGUCCAUCAGCUCAAACACCAGCCCAGUCGUGCCAACUCUGUUUCUUCACGUGGCAGUGGUGGCCAGCAGGCCAGGAGCUCAGCUACAGUUGGGAAAAACCUCAACAGGUUUUCCACCUUUGUGAAAUCAGGAGGCGAGGCGUUCGUUUUGGGUGAGGCGUCCGGAUUAGUAAGGGAUUGCGAUCAGAUCUGGGUGGUCAUGGGGCAGUUCGGCCCCGAAUGGCAAGAGAACCCUCAUCCUUUUACGUGCACCAUCGACGAUCCAACCAAACAGACCAAAUUCAAGGGGAUGAAGAGUUACAUGUCGUACGGCCUGACGCCUAGCCACACGCAAAUCCCCGUCAACCGCCGCUACAAGCAUUUCGACUGGCUGUACGCGCGCCUCGUGGAGCGCUUCCCAGUCAUCUCUGUUCCCCACCUUCCAGAGAAACAGGCCACGGGUCGCUUUGAGGAGGACUUCAUUUGCAAGCGCAGGAAGGGUCUGAUCUGGUGGAUGAACCACAUGACCAGCCACCCUGUUUUAUCCAGGUGUGACGUCUUCCAGCAUUUCCUGACCUGCAGCAGCAGUGACGAGAAAGCCUGGAAGCAGGGCAAGCGCAAGGCAGAGAAAGAUCACCUGGUGGGCGCCAACUUCUUCCUCACCAUCGUCCCACCGGCCACACCGCUCGACCUCCAGGAGGUGGAAAGCAAAGUGGACGGCUUCAAGACUUUCACCAAAAGGAUGGACGAGAACGUCGUGCAAGUCAACGUGACCAUCGGGGAGUUCGCCAGGAAGCAGAUGACCGGAUUUAAAAAGGAGUAUCAGAAGGUUGGACAGGCCUUCAGGUUGCUCGGGCAGGCCUUCGAAAUGGACCAGCAGGUGUAUUCGGUCAAGCUGAACCAAGCGAUCGCGUUCACUGGAGCCGCCUACGAAACCAUCGGGGACUACUUUGCCGAACAACCUCGCCAGGAUCUGGACCCGGUCUCGGAUCUUAUAGCGAUUUACCAGGGACAUCUAGCGAACUUCCCAGACAUCAUCCACGUUCAGAAAGGAGCUCUGACCAAAGCGAGGGAGAGCCAGAAGGACAAAGAUGUCCCGGCGGCGCACGACAUCCACGAGCGCUGCAACAUCAUUUCCUGCGCCACGCUGGCCGAGAUCCAGCACUUCCACCGCACCCGAGUACGCGACUUCAAGGCCCAGAUGCAGCACUACCUCCUGCAGCAGAUCUCCUUCUUCCAGAAGAUCACAGCCAAACUGGAGGAGGCGCUGCACAUGUACGACCAGGCGUGAAACAGGACCGUGAAGCUUUCAUCUCACCACGUCUAACUUUUCAUAUCGUUCUCAUCACGUCUCUUAGACAGAAAAAGAUUAGGGGCACGUGUGCAGGACAUAAUAUUUAGACACAAACGAAAUCUCGCUCUUAGUUUCCGUUUUGUAACAAAAACAAUAAAUACAUCCUUUUUUUUGUUUGUUUUUAAAUAUGGGAAUUUAUUGUUCACAAAAGAUCUAAUAACGUCAAGAAACAAAACUAAUAUUAAUAUCAAACUAUUAGUUAUAAAAUGAUAAAUAAUAUAUAAAUAACAUAAUAUUCUGAAUAUCCACUAAAUAAAAUUUUAUGGAAAUAUUUUUUGCCAGGAAAUUUAAAUAUAUAGCAUAACAUGAAGAUAAAACUUUAUAAAAGUUUUAAAAACAAUAAUAAUAAUAAUAAUGUACUAAUAUUACUAAUAAUUAUUAUAGUACUUUUUUUUUCAUUUUUGUAAAAUUGCUCUUAAAGCUGAAGAAUGUUUUUUAAAUAUAAAUGUACUUAGUGUUCAAUAAAUCUAAAUUCAGCUUUAAAGAUUGAAUAAAAUAUUAUAUUAAUUUUAAAAAAUGAUAAAUAGUAAAAUACUAUUUAUUUUGUAUUUUUUAAGAUUUUUAUAAAAAAGGUUUUAAAGUAACAAUAAGGAUUUUAUUUAGUGGAUAUUCAGAUUGUAUUAUUGUGCACAUGUGUAUAGAGUUUGAAAUCUUUUUUUUUAACGUUUUUGAUCUAAACCACAUUUCCAUUAAGCAGAAACUAAAACCCCGACGCGUGCAUUUACACUCGCGGGAGAAACGUCGGACUCAUCGGCAUGAAAAAAUCCGUUUCCUGUAUCUGAAUCUGUGCAUCUUUACACCGCUGCGUUUUCUCACCCUGCUUUUGGCUUGUGGACAAUAAUAAUAAUAAUUCUUUUCUAACAGCUGGAAUUUGUGCCUUAGUUCGAUUCCCUGAGUCUUAUUUCCUGAGUCAUUUUUAAAUACAGAUCUGUAUUUAUGAAUCUCA